UAAUUCACUUUUAUAGUGAAUACUUGUGCUUACAUAGCUAAAGCAAACACAAUGAGAUAAGAAAUAUAUCUUGUGCAGUUUCUUCUCUAUUAAUAUUAACUGGGAUCCAAAUGUGUAUGAAAAUUUAAGGAGAAAAGCGCUAGAGAAAAGUUGUAAAUAACACCAGAUGUCACUGUGAUUCCUUAUUUUGUCAAAUGACUAAAUGAUUUAAGUUAUCAGUUUAUCUCCAAUGGUAGCCUUAGAAAUUUGCUUUGUUCCCCUUACCCCCCAGAAAGGAGUGACACGAAAAAGGAUCAGAAAACGGACUUCAGUGUUGCUGAAACAGUUUUCUUUCCAGUUGAUGGAUAUUUUAAUGAUUGGAAGAAGAGCACCGAGAAAUUGAAGAGAUUAGAUUCUUUUAGAGGUACAGAUAAACUUGAUAGAAGAAGAUUUGGAAGUAUUUAAGAAGAAGUUUGAAAUAAAGGCAGAAAUUUUGAUCUAAUGUGUCAACCAUUUAGCACUUUAAACACUUGUUCAGAACAUUUUCCUUCCCAAGAUGAAAGAAGAAACAGUUGACAAACCAUUAUACUUGAGACUACUCGGAGAAAAAUAAUAUUGAAGUCUGCUAAUUCUGAGAAUAACAAUAUUUUAUCAUCUUCUUUUGGGAAACAGAAAAACAAUACCGUGUGUGUGUGUUUAAUUUAAUCACUAAGGAUAAUGUCUUGUGCUACAUGAUGAAAAUGACUUCAAUUGAAUUUGGAAAUUUUUUAUCUUCUUUUUUUACAUGAUAUUUCAGGUUUAUUAGAUUUACAUAAAGGGAAUAAAUGCUGGAUUCACUGUAUUUUCUGACUACACUGCUGUUUUCUGUGCAUUAUGGAGACACUGUAGACAUUAAUAUUCCUUGAAAUUUUAUUUUGUUGGAAUCAAAACUGCCAGGGACAUAGAUAUGCUAUAUAAUUUUCUCUUUAUAGCAAUUUUCCUUGCUUUGGAUGAGCUGAAUGUCACCUGGAUUUUACAGCCUAUGCGGUAUAAAGUCUGUUUUAUCUAGAUCUUUAAUAUAUAAUUCAUAAUAACCAGAUGGGAUACACACUAAACACUGUGCUUAACACAUAUGCCUAAGGAAAGUAUCUUCCCCAUGGAUCAUGGCGUUAAUGUUUACAGGACAUAUCCCAUUUUUAACAUUGAUGAUGUGUCAUUUUUCUACUUGUGAAGACUUUGUGAGCAAUUAUUCUGAAAGGGCAGUUUUCACAGAUGAUAUACAAUGGUUUAAGACACAGAAAGUACAAGAUUUCAAACCGAGCCAAAAACUUCAUCCAAACUUAUAUUUUGAUGGCGGAGAUAUACAAACAUUGAAACAAAAAUCUCAUACAAGCCAUUUGCAUCUGUUUAGAGCUAUCAAAAGUGCGGUGACAAUUAUGCUGUCCAAUCCAUCAUACUACCUACCUCCACCCAAGCAUGCUGAUUUUGCUGCCAAGUGGAAUGAAAUAUAUGGUAAUAAUCUUCCUCCUUUAGCACUGUAUUGUUUAUUAUGUCCUGAAGACAAAGUUGCCUUUGAAUUUGUCAUGGAAUACAUGGACAGGAUGGUUAGCUACAAAGACUGGCUAGUUGACAAUGCACCAGGGGAUGAGGUUCCAGUUGGCCAUUCUUUAACAGGUUUUGCCACUGCCUAUGACUUUUUAUAUAAUCUAUUAGGUAAUCAGAGAAAACAAAAAUACCUAGAAAAAAUAUGGGUUAUUACUGAGGAAAUGUAUGAAUAUUCCAAGAUUCGUUCGUGGGGCAAACAACUUCUUCAUAACCACCAAGCUACAAAUAUGGUAGCAUUACUCAUAGGGGCCUUGGUUACAGGAGUAGAUAAAGGAUCUAAAGCAAACACAUGGAAACAAAUUGCUGUUGAAGUGAUGGAAAAGACUAUGUUUCUUUUGAAUCAUAUUGUAGAUGGCUCCUUGGAUGAAGGUGUGGCCUAUGGAAGCUAUACAUCCAAAUCAGUUACACAAUACGUUUUCUUGGCACAACGCCAUUUUAAUAUCAACAACUUGGAUAAUAACUGGUUAAAAAUGCACUUUUGGUUUUAUUAUGCUACACUUUUACCUGGCUAUCAAAGAACUGUAGGUAUAGCAGAUUCCAAUUAUAAUUGGUUUUAUGGUCCAGAGAGCCAGUUAGUUUUCUUGGAUAAGUUUGUUUUAAGGAAUGGCGCUGGAAAUUGGUUGGCUCAGCAAAUUAGAAAGCAUCGACCUAAGGAUGGACCAAUGGUUCCUUCCACUGCCCAAAGGUGGAGUACUCUUCAUACUGAAUACAUUUGGUAUGAUCCAAGGCUUACCCCACAGCCUCCUGUUGACUUUGGCAUUGCAAAAAUGCACACAUUUCCUAACUGGGGAGUUGUGACUUAUGGGGGUGGGCUGCCAAACACACAGACCAAUACCUUUGUGUCUUUUAAAUCUGGGAAACUAGGGGGACGAGCUGUGUAUGACAUAGUUCACUUUCAGCCGUAUUCCUGGAUUGAUGGAUGGAGAAGCUUUAAUCCAGGGCAUGAACAUCCAGAUCAAAAUUCAUUUACUUUUGCCCCCAAUGGGCAAGUAUUUGUUUCUGAGGCUCUUUAUGGACCUAAGUUGAGCUACCUUAACAAUGUAUUGGUGUUUGCCCCAUCACCGUCUAGUCAGUGUAAUCAUCCUUGGGAAGGUCAACUGGGAGAAUGUACACAGUGGCUCAGGUGGACGGGUGAAGAGGUGGGUAAUGCAGCUGGGGAAGUUAUUACUGCCUCUCAACAUGGAGAAAGGAUGUUUGUAAGUGGUGAAGCAGUAUCUGCUUAUUCUUCAGCAAUGAGGCUGAAAAGUGUCUAUCGUGCUUUACUUCUUUUAAAUUCUCAAACUCUGCUUGUUGUUGAUCAUAUUGAAAGGCAAGAAGCUUCCCCAAUAAAUUCUGUCAGUGCCUUCUUUCAUAAUUUGGAUAUUGAUUUUAAGUACAUCCCUUACAGGUUUAUGAAUAGGUAUAAUGGUGCAAUGAUGGAUGUGUGGGAUGCACAUUAUAAAAUGUUUUGGUUUGAUCACCAUGGCAACAGUCCUGUGGCUAAUAUACAGGAAGCAGAACAGGCUGCUGAAUUUAAGAAAAGGUGGACUCAGUUUGUUAAUGUUACUUUUCCUAUGGAAUCCACAAUCACAAGAAUUGCUUAUGUAUUUUAUGGUCCAUAUGUCAAUGUUUCUAGCUGCAGAUUUAUUGACAGUUCUAGUUCUGGCCUUCAGCUUUCUCUAAAUGUCAACAAUACUGAAUAUAGUGUUUCUGUUGUAACUGACUACCAAAACCUGAAAAGCAGAUUCCAUUACCUGGGAUUUGGUGGUUUUGCUAGUGUGGCUAAUCAAGGCCAAAUAACUCAGUUUGGUUUGGGCACUCAAGCAAUAGUAAACCCUGUAAGGCAUGAUAGAGUUAUUUUCCCUUUUGGGUUUAAAUUUAAUAUAGCAGUUGGAUUCAUUUUAUGUAUUAGUUUGAUUAUUUUAACUUUUCAAUGGCGGUUUUACCUUUCCUUUAGAAAGCUAAUGCGGUGUGUUUUAGUACUUAUUAUUGCUUUGUGGUUUAUUGAGCUUCUGGAUGUAUGGAGCACUUGCACUCAGCCCAUCUGUGCAAAAUGGAAAAGGACUGAAGCCAAGGCAAAUGAAAAGGCCAUGAUUUCUGAAGGGCAUCAUGUGGAUCUUCCUGAUAUUGUUAUUACCUCACUUCCUGGUUCAGGAGCUGAAAUUCUCAAACAGCUUUUUUUCAACAGUAGUGAUUUUCUCUAUAUGAGAAUUCCUACAGCCUACAUGGAUAUCCCUGAAACUGAAUUUGAAAUUGACUCAUUUGUAGAUGCUUGUGAAUGGAAAGUAUCAGAUGUCCACAGUGGUCAUUUUCAACUUCUUCAAGGGUGGCUGAUAUCAUUGGUCCAAGACACAAAACUUCACUUGCAGAAUAUUCAUCUACGUGAAACUAGUAGAAAUAAACUGCCUCAAUAUUUUACAGUGAAUAAGGACAAAAAACAAAAAUUGAAAAGGAGGGAGCCUUUGUCAGAGCAAAAAAGUAGAAUUAAAGGAGCUUUUGAUAGAGAUGCUGAAUAUAUUAGGGCUUUGAGGAGACACCUAGUUAAUUACCCAAGUGCACGUCCUGUGCUUAGUUUAAGUAGUGGUAGCUGGACAUUGAAGCUUCACUUUUUUCAGGAGGUUUUAGGUACAUCAAUGCGGGCAUUGUAUAUAGUAAGAGACCCUAGAGCUUGGAUAUAUUCAAUGUUAUAUGGUAGUAAACCAAAUUUUUAUUCUUUAAAGAAUGUACCAGAGCACUUAGCAAAAUUGUUUAAAAUAGAAGAAGGUAAAAUCAAAUGUAACAUGAAUUCAGGCUAUGCUUUUGAGUAUGAACCACUGAAAAAAGAAUUAGAGACAUCCCAAUCAAAUACUGUUUCCUUAUUAUCUCAUUUAUGGUUAGCAAACACUAAAGCAGCCUUGAGAAUAAAUACAGAUUUGCUGCCUACUAGCUACCAUCUGGUCAAGUUUGAAGAUAUUGUUCAUUUUCCUCAGAAGACUACUGAAAGGAUUUUUGCUUUCCUUGGAAUUCCAUUGUCUCCUGCUAGUUUAAACCAAAUACUGUUUGCCACUUCCACAAACCUUUUUUAUCUUCCUUAUGAGAGGGAAAUAUCACCAUCUAAUACUAAUAUUUGGAAAAAAAAUAUGCCUAGAGAUGAAAUUAAACUAAUUGAAAACAUCUGCUGGACACUAAUGGAUCAUCUAGGAUACCCAAAGUUUAUGGACUAAGUGCUGCAGGACAGCAAAAAUUUGCACUAAUGUGUCCCCACCUACUUUGUGGAUAUGAACUAAAAAAACUCGUUUAUUCUUGUACAUGUGUGUAUGUCUGUAGAGAGAGUGUGUGUUCAGUCUGUUAUUACACAGAGGGAUAUUUUAAAUAGGCACCAUAUGUGGCCUAGCAGGGUUUAUUAUUAUGUUAC